CUAUAUAAUUUUUUUUAAAAUAGUUAAUUCCAAUUAAAAUAUCUUUUAUUUCUGGGUAUUGAAAUACCGCCAAAUCGCCCGAGUCCCGAGUUUGAAAGUCAGGAAAUAACUGUCUUCCCAUAUUUUGUAAGCCCACUAAAAGCCCUAUUACCAUAAACUUCGUGUUGCAGAUUUUAGGGCAUAACCCUCUUCACACUUCACACCACAACUCCACAACCGUUUCAAAUCCCUUCAAUGCCGCUGCAUCAUCUUUAACAAGGUGUUAUCCAAACCGGUAAAAACACUGGUUUUUGUUGUGUUUUUAACACAAUAAAUUGGUGUAUGGUGUGAUUUGGAUUGGAUUGUGAAUUUGGUUGGUGGAAUGGAGGCUGCUGUGGACAGAUCAGAGAGGCGAGGUAGAAAAAGGCGUAGAAACGAUGUUCAAAAUGUUAAGGUAGAUGGGGGUGGGAAGAAAGGAGCGGUGGUGUUGAGGUCUAAGGCAUUAUUGGGAAGAUAUGUUACGAAGGAGUUAAAGGGCAGUGGGAUAUACUUGGGGAAGAUCAUAUUUUAUGAUACUGGUUUAUAUAAGGUUAUUUAUGAGGAUGGAGAUUUUGAAGAUUUGGAUAGCAGUAGAGUGAAGAAGGUUUUGUUUGAAGAUGAUGAGUUGAAUGGUCAAUGGUUGGACAGGAAGAAGAAGCUAGAUGAAUUAGUAGCUAGUAGGGAGGUACUAGGUGCUAAUUCUAGAGUUGAGUAUCCAACUGAGCCAGUUAUCGGUGUAAUUGAUAAGUCUGAGGCCAAACAACUAGGAUGUGAUUCUGAUUCGAGUGAUUUGUCUGAAGAUUAUAUGGAGCAGGAUUUUAGUUCAGAGAUGGAAGUGCCUCUAUUUCCUGCACCUCAACUGCCUCCUUCAUCUGAUAGUAUUGGUAUUCCGGAGGAGUAUGUAUCAUACCUCUUGUCUGUCUAUAGCUUUUUACGGUCGUUUAGUAUCAGAUUGUUUUUAUGUCCCUUUGGACUUGAUGAUUUUGUCGGAGCACUCAAUUGUUCUGCUCCAAACACAUUAUUGGACUCUGUUCAUGUGGCCCUUAUGAGUGCUUUGAGGCGCCACCUCAGAAAGUUGUCAUCUGAUGGUUCUGUGCUUGCAUCAAAGUGCCUCAGGGACAUUGAUUGGAGCUUGCUUGAUACAAUGACUUGGCCAGUGUAUCUGGUUCAUUAUCUAACAGUAAUGGGAUACACAGAUGAACCUGGUUGGAAAGGUUUUUAUACCCAUACGUUGCAGAGGGAAUAUUACUUGUUACCUGCUGGCAGGAAAAUCAUGGUUUUACAGAUCUUGUGUGACGAUGUUCUAUACUCCGAAGAAUUAAGGGCAGAGGUUGACAUGCGUGAAGAAUCAGAGGUAGAUAUUGAGUCAGAUAAAACUAGAGGUGUUGCUUCUGUCAGUGCACCAAGAAUAGUUCACCCCAGAUAUGCUAAAACUACUGCCUGUAAGGAACAAGAAGCAAUCGAGCUUUGUAAAGAAAAUCAUGACAGAAAGAAGUGUUGUAGUACUGAUAUUUUAGGAUCCAAGGAUAGUGGCGAAGAUAUUGUCUCUGGUGUAGAUCAAAACAUUAACAGUGAUGAAUGCCGUCUGUGCGGCAUGGAAGGGACUUUGCUUUGCUGUGAUGGGUGUCCAUCAUCUUACCAUGCAAGGUGCAUUGGAGUUAGCAAGAUGCAUAUACCAGAAGGGACAUGGUAUUGCCCUGAGUGUAGAAUCAAUGAAAUUGAACCGAAAAUUAUGAGGGGAACAACUCUGAAAGGAGGAGAGCUUUUUGGUGUUGAUUCCUAUGGGCAAAUCUUCAUGGGUACUUGCAGUCAUUUGCUUGUGUUGAAGGCCUUGGCUGGCGCAGACUCUAUUUUCAGAUACUACAACGAGAAGGACAUUCCCAAAGUCCUGCAAGCACUUAAUGCAAAUGUGCAGCACAGUAAUUUAUAUCUGGAAAUAUGCAAAGCAAUAACGCAACACUGGAAAAUUCCUGGCAAUGUCUCAUUCCCUGAUGGUGAACUAUCUGUAAUUGGUUCCGACAGACCAAAUGGAGCAAAAUGUGGCAGUCCUGAGAGAGAGAAUACUGGAAGUUGUGUUACUGAAUUCGGUUCAGAAGAUGCUUCUUUAAGUAAUUUCGCAAAGGAACCUAUGCUCAACAAGACUUUGGGUGCAGUUAUCCAACCUGAUGGUAUUUGUUACCAGGUGAAUAACGAUUCUUUGGCAAGACAAAAUGCGCCUAUAGACUUGCUACCAUCUGAACAAGUUGGAGUGAAAUAUGUCGUAUCUGCUGGUUCAGUUGGUCAGCAGGUCGUUCCAUCUGAGCGGACUCAACCAGACGACGCAAAGUUGGUAGAACUUGCUACUUGUACCUCAAGAAGCAGCAGCAACUCUGUGGAACAAGUUAAUAGUAAUUGUACUGGAAUUGCAGUGUCUCUUGAAUGUGAAAGCGCUUGUGGCAGACCCAGCAGAAUAGGUUACAGAAAACCCACUGGUGGCUGCUUGUACAUAGGGUCAUCCUUUAGACCUCAACGGUACAUAAAUAGUUACCUGCAUGGAGAUUUUGCUGCAUCUGCUGCUGCAAAUCUAGCUGAACUUUCUCAUGGAGAAAACCACAUGAGUCAUGCUUCAAACAAUAGGCGGAAACUUUCUGCUAAUGUUUUACUUCAAGCAAAAGCUUUCUCAUCGUCAGCGACACGCUUUUUCUGGCCGAAUACUGAAAAGAAGGUUGUGGAAGUACCAAGGGAAAGAUGCAGUUGGUGUUUUAAUUGUGAGGCUGCUGCGACUAGUAAGAAAGGAUGUUUGUUAAAUGCUGCAGCAUCAAAUGCUAUUAAGGGGGCAGUGAAGAUACUUACUGGUCUUCGUUCUGCAAGUGGUGGGGAUGGAAAUCUACAUGGUAUUGCCACAUAUAUUAUAUUGAUGGAGGAGAGCUUAACUGGUCUGACUGUUGGUCCUUUUCUAAGUACAGCUUUUAGAAAACAAUGGCGUAAACAGGCAGAAGAAGCUACUAGUUUCGCUGUGAUAAAGUCUAUUCUGCUUGAAUUUGAGGAGAAUAUCCGGUUUGUUGCUUUUUCUGGGGACUGGUUUAAGCUUGUUGAUGGUGGAGCAUCUGAAUCUUCCAUCUCUCAUUCAGCUGCUGGUGCUGUGGAAUCAUCUCUUAAGCAUAAACCAGGGAGGCGGGGUAGGAAACCAUCAUCAAUGGUUAAAGUAACAGCUGAUGCUUGCCAGGAUAAACGGAAGAACUUCACUUGGUGGAGAGCAGGCAUGCUUUCAAAGCUUAUCUACCAGAAAGCAACUCUACCCCGAUCAAUGUUGAAGAAAGCAGCACGUCAUGCAGGUGGUCGGAGAAAGAUACCUGGUAUUUAUUAUGCUGAAGGUUCCGGGACUGCCAAAAGAAGCAGGCAGCUUGUAUGGCGAGCUGCAGUUGAUGUGUGUAAGACAAUUUCACAACUUGCACUUCAGGUCAGGUACCUAGAUAUGCAUGUGAGAUGGAGUGAUCUUGUUAGUCCCGAACAAAGCCUACUGGAUGGAAAAGUUCCGGAGUCAGAAGCAUCUGCUUUUAGAAAUGCUUCCAUAUGUCAUAAAAGAAUAACUGGAAGUGAGGUUAGAUAUAGUGUUGCUUUCGGAAACCAGAAGCAUCUCCCAUCUCGUGUCAAGAAGAGUAUAAUAGAAGUAGAGGAAAGCCAGGAGGAGGGAAAGGAAAAAUAUUGGUUAUCUGAGUCUCGGAUUCCUUUGUAUAUAAUAAAAAAUUAUGAAGAAAACUUGGAAAAAAAUCUCCCCUCAGCCAACAAGUUAACUAAUGCUUUUCCCAAGUUGCAGAAAAGGUGCUUGGUGGCUUCUUGUAAAGAUAUAUUUUCUUAUCUUGCGCAGAAGAGAGAUGGCAAUGAUAAGCAUUGUUGUGCUUCAUGUGAAGUGGAUGUGUUACUUAGGAACGCAGUCAAGUGCAAUACAUGCCAAGGUCUAUGUCACAAGCAAUGUACAAUUAGUUCAACAGUUAUUGCUAAUGAGGAAGUUGAGUUUAUGACCUCCUGCAAACAGUGUUACAAGAAUAGAGCUUUAACCCAAGCUGAAAGUAGUAAUGAAUCUCCCACUAGUCCUUUACUCAUGCAAGGAAAAGACAUUCUGAUUCCUGCGUCAGCAAGAAAAGGAGGAAAGGUUGGUAGUUGUAGUAAUCCAACUGCAUCCACUGCGACUCAAAAGCAUUCUUCUAAGGUGAAGCCUGCUAGUUCAAAUUUGGCGACAAAAACGAAGCCCCCCCACUGGGGUGUUAUUUGGAGAAAGCAGGAUGAGGAUACUGGUGAUUUUAGAUUUAAACACAUUCUUCUAAAGGGCAAUUCAGAUAGGGAUUCAUUAAGACCUAGUUGCCGCCUUUGCUGUAAGCCAUAUGAUCCUUAUCUAAUGUACAUCCGUUGUGAAACAUGUACAUAUUGGUAUCACGCUGAAGCUGUUAAACUUGAGGAGUCAAAGAUUUCUGAAGUGGUGGGGUUCAAAUGUUGCAGGUGCCGUAGGAUUAGAAUGCCCAUCUGUCCUUACUUAGAUCCAAAAAGCAAAAAACAGUUGGAGGAAAAGAGGAUGUGUUCAAGGGCUUCAAAGAUGGAUAGUCGAGGAAUUGAGCCUUAUUCUGGGUUCAUUUCAGAGCUACAGAAAGAUGAGGAUAUGGCCACCCCAUCGAUGCCUUUGCAGGGACCCACAUCUUUAGAGGAUAAUAAGCAUCUUGCUUCUGCUGUUGAAGAGCUUACUGAGCACUUUCCAGUAGGUGAUUGUGAACGGAAUGCUGAAACUAUAUCUGUGCCAGGGCAAAGAGAACAGCCAGUCAGAACUCAUAUAGAGAAUCAUCAGACAGAUUUAGAAUCUUCUUCUGAGUUACCCACUGCUCUUGGAGGAAACAUAGUGGUUCCUAAAGAAGAAAUGUCAACUCAUGUUGAAAGGGGUGCUAAACAGCCGGUAAGAAGACAUAUAAGACUUGAUAAGGAUUCAGAUACUCCUUUUGCAAACAACCCCUUGAAAGUUGAUUUAUCCACGCCUUCUAUAGUUGGAAGGGAUACUUCAAGAUAUAGUUCCGAGGAAGCUGGUCAGGAAUGUCAGGAUAUGGAGUUUGAACCUCAAACCUGCUUCUCUUUCGAUGAAUUAAUUGCAUCUGAUGAUCUUGGCCCAUUGGAGGGAGUUGACUCGUCAGGCACUUUGACCAAGAAUGUUGAAACAUCAUCAAAGUUUCUACCUUAUAAGAAUGCUGAUACGUCUUAUUUCAAGCACGAGCCUGCAAUUAGCACAAUAUCUGCAGCUGCUUUUGCAGUUCCUUGUAAGAUAUGUUCACGUAAAGAACCAUUGCCUAAUCUUUGUUGUGAAAUAUGUGAUAUAUGGAUCCACCAUCAUUGUUCACCUUGGAAUGAAGAGGAGUCUGGAGAAGAUGAUUGGAAGUGCGGCAACUGUAGGGAAUGGAGAUAGUUGAUGCUUAAUCACUAUGUAAGAUGGUGCAUAAUGGCUGAUUGAAGGGGCUUACUGUUGAUGCUUUUUGUCACAAUUGGAGAAUGAAUCAAGAUGAGCAAGCCACUCGUGAUGUCUGCCAAGUAACUUAUCCUCCUACAAGUUGAUUUGGUCCAUGGUGGUUGUGCAGCUGCAACUUUUAAUCAAACUCCCAUCAUUUGGUAGCACUGAUUUUGUCAUCAAAUGGUACUCAUGUUCCCAUGAUACAGGAGCAUUGAGAUGAUUCAGGAAAAACACUAAUGCACAAAAUCCCAUAGAAAAGAUUACUAGGAGAAGGUUGUGAUAUUUUGCUCCAGCCUUGACGGAUAAGCAACCUACUUCAUUGGUGCUUAUCUGAUAUUUUUUAACUGUAAAAAGAGAACUUGAGUUACCAAUUCUUUUAUUUAUAUUUAUGAAAAUCUCAACCACUAUCUGCUUGGUUGAACAUCAACUAAAGAACUAAAGUUUAUAGAAAGAGGACACGUGAUGUGGAUAGGAUAUAUGUACUUGCUGACAUGAUUUACCAGUCAAGUGAUCUCUUCUUCCAUCUGUUACUGGCUUUCCUUGCGAUUAUAUACUCUGCCUAGAAUAGUAAAUAAAAUUUGCUUUUAAAAUCUUGAACCUGCUUCUGGAUAGUAACUCGAUCGGUCGAUCCCUUAUG